GCUUCUUUCGGGAUGUAAACAUCACCAGCUCGCUGUUUACAUCUCAUGUCUCUGCGUCUGCUGCCUUAUUCCUUCCCAAAAAAAAUAAGACGGAAUGGAAAUUCAAAGUGACCGAGAUUAUUUCUUUGGAGACAUUGGCUGCUGGUCUGAGAGGACGGAGGUGCACAAAGCAGCGUCUCAGGGCCAGACGUCCCAGCUGCAGAGUCUGAUCCUCAGCGGAGCUUCAGUCAACGUGGUGGCGGUCGACUCCAUCACCCCGCUGCACGAGGCCUGUCUGCGGGGACAGACCCAGUGUGUCCGCCUGCUGCUGGACGCCGGAGCCCAG